AUGCACUACGCCUGGACCGCUCCAAUUAUUCCACUCCUUCAACAUUCCAACUCUACACUUCAAGUUACCCACACGGACGUACUAUGGCUAGAAAACGUUUACAUGAUUGGAGGGUUUGCGGGAAUUCCCUUCACCGUGUUGACUAUAGACCGUUUUGGACGUAAAACCUCAAUCAUAGUAGGAGCUGUUCAAAGUGUGGUCUCGUGGAUACUAAUCGGUGUUGGGCCGUCGAUUGAGUACGUGUACGUGGCGCGUUUUCUGAGCGGAUUAGCAGGAGAUGUCGGAUUCGUAGCGGCACCGAUGUACGUAGCGGAGAUUGCCGAUAAAAAGAUACGAGGAUUUUUGGGAUCGUGGAUCUAUCUAAUGAUGUUAGUUGGAAUUGUAAUAAUCUACUCCGUUGGUCCUUUUGUCACACUUGCGGUCUCUUCGGCAGUUGGUUGUGCGUUUUUGGUUGUAGAACUGCUUACCUUCCCAUUUAUGCCCGAAUCACCGUACUAUCACGUUAUGAAGAAAAAUCCGGCGGCAGCUCGGAAAUCGUUACAAAGGCUGAGAUCGACGGACGACGUGCAGGAAGAAAUGGAGGAAAUAACCGCUACGGUUAAAAUGCAGCUGUCCCAGGGACGCGGUUGCGGCGAUUUGGUGAUGAAGAAGAACAGCCGAAAGGCUCUACUGAUUAUGACGGUGCUCAAUUUAGCGCAGCAUUUUAGUGGAUACAGCGUUAUACUCAUGAACAUUCAUUCCAUAUUAGAAGAUGCCAGUGGUUCGCUAAGUGUUAACAACAUCGCUAUUUGGUACUCAGUUCUCAUGUUAGUUUCAGCAUUGUUAUCUUCGUUUAUAGUUGACAAAGCUGGAAGAAAAAUUCUUCUCGGCGCUUCGAGCAUUACAACUGGUGUAUCAGUGCUGGUUUUUGCAAUCUACAUGACCUUGAAGGAGUCUAACGUCGAUCUCACAUCGUAUAGUUGGGUACCUACUUUCUUCGUGAUGUCUUUUGCGAUUUGUUUUAAAUUUGGAUUGGGUAUUGUACCCAUUGUGACAACGGGAGAACUUUUCCCCACAGAUUUAAAAGCUCUUGGAAUGACAACUGCAGACGGUAUAUACAUCGUUUCGUCAAUCUUGUCCAUAUACGUAUAUCAAGUUCUGAAAGAAAACUUUGGGCAUCACGUACCAUUCUUUCUUUUUAGCGCGUGCUGUGUUUGCACAACAAUCUUCACUGUAUUUUUUAUACCGGAAACCAAGGGAAAGACAUUAAAAGAAAUUCAAAUAAUGUUAAACGGCCUUCCCUCUCUAAAGGACAGCAGCGAGGCCGAAGAAAAACUGAAUGCUCCAGAGAAAGCUUGA